CGUCACGCCAGUCCGCCCUCCGCGGCUGCGGCCGCGCCCCUCCCCGGGCCGGCGUGCCGGCGCCGUCUCGAUCUCCUCCUCCCGAGCUGCCUCGGCCGCCUCUUCCUCCCGGCGGCGCCUCAACCUCCUUCUCCCGGUGCGGCCUCAGCCUCCUAGCGCGAUUACGUUUUUGUCUCGGCUGCAUCAGGUGCCGUUGGGCAGCUUGCUAAGCUCACGGGCUGUUAUGUGGUUGGCAGUGCUGGUUCUGAUGAGAAGGUUAACCUUCUGAAAACCAAGUUUGGCUUCGACGAAGCAUUCAACUACAAGAAAGAGCAGGACCUUGAUGCGGCUUUGAGGAGAUGUCAAGGUUUGGAAAAAGUCUUCAUCAGCGGUGGGAUGAAGACGACGAAUCUGAUGACGAUGACCUCCUAAUUCUUGCUGGUCUUAUUGAGGGCUCAAAGAGGAACAAGCGGAAGAAGAACUUUCGUGGAUCUUUGCCUGGUCGUCACAGCGUGCAAAGGGGCAUCUUGGGGGUCAUGAUGGUAUAUUCCGGGACUACUUCGCGGACCCGUGCAUAUACAACAACAAGCAUUUCAGAAGGAGGUUCCGGAUGUCCAAGUCUCUCUUUUUCUGCGGAUCGUUGCUGCAGUGGAGUCUCACGAUGACUACUUCCGUCAGAAGCCCAAUGCCGUUUGAGCUCUUGGGGGUUCUCCAAUCCAGAAGUCUAUUGCUGCCGUUCGGAUGCUUGCCUAUGGUGUUUCGGCUGAUUUCCUGGAUGACUACGUGAGGCUGGGAGAGAGCACCAUCAUCGAGUGCCUAAAACAUUUUGUGAAAGCUGUCGUUGAAGUUUUCAGUGAACAAUACCUGAGGGCCCCCAAUGCCGAGGACACAGCUAGAUUGAUGGCCAUUAAUCAUGCAAGAGGGUGGCCAGGCAUGUUUGGCUCCAUUGACUGUAUGCACUGGAAGUGGGACAAGUGCCCGACUACUUGGAGAGGCGCAUACAUAGGGCAUAAGGAUGGGCCGACCAUGAUUCUUGAGGUUGUUGCAUCUCAAGAUUUAUGGAUUUGGCACGCCUUUUUUGGGCUUCCUAGUUCUCUCAACGAUGUCAAUGUGCUUCGCCGUUCUCCACUUUUCCAAAGUCUGACUUCCGGGAAAGCACCAGAAUUGGAAUACAUUGUCAAUGGAAACAAGUACAACAUUGGUUACUAUCUUGCCGAUGGGAUAUAUCCAGCUUGGGAAACUUUUGUGAAAGCUUUCCAUAGUCCCCAGGGGAACAAGAAAACCUAUUUCACAAGUGCACAACAAGCAGCGAGAAAAGACGUCGAGAGGGCUUUUGGGGUACUCCAGUCUCAAUUCGCAAUGGUGCGGGGCCCUGCGAGGUUAUGGAGUAAGCAAGAUCUUUGGUAUAUCAUGCAAUGUUGUGUACUCCUGCACAACAUGAUAGUUGAAGAUGAGCGUGAGGAGCCCAACGAUUUUAACUACCAUCAAGAGCCGAACGGUAUCCGUGUGUUGAAGCCCAAGGACUUUGAGCAUCGUGAUCCUCUUCUUCUAAAUGACUUCCUCAAGAUACACGAAGAAAUUGAGGACAGGUCGUCACAUGAGCGACUUCGUGAUGAUCUAGUAGAGCAUCUAUGGGCAAGAUAUAGUGCUAGGUAGUUUUUAGAUGUAAAUAAAGUGUUUUAAUUUUUCUGAUUAAUGAGAAUCUUUUUAUUAUCUACUCAGUUUGAAAAUCUACUCAGUGUUGUAAAUGUGAUUGAUAAUGACCAUCAGUUUUGGCUGCUGGAGUUAAUCAAAAGCAUAGUCUGAAUAUUGGUUUGGCAUA